AUGUCUUCGUCACAGGGAAAUCAGCAAACCGUGAGCAACGGUGGAUCGCAGGUUGGGUCUUCGACCGCCCCUGCGAGCUCGGGCUCUACGAACACUAUUCCCCAGACUGCACCUCCCGGCACUCUAUCCUUUACGAUCCCAUCUUCCACAGCUACUCCAUCGUACUAUAAAAUCAUGGCCAAUAACCCUAUCACUUUCGGAUGGAAUUUCACGAGUUUGCUUUCCACUCCAGCCUCGCUUACUCUUCACGCGUACUGCACUGCAAAUGGAUACACCUACCCCGUUGGACCGACGGGAUCAGCAGGAACUGUCGUGGGCGUAAUCCCCGGCACGGCUACACAGGUGGUGUGGGACGCUUACCAACAGCAGUUUGAGCAAGGCGCCAACCCGCUUCAGCCCGAGACAUACACCCUGCGGAUUUUCGAUGAGCGAGGGUGGACUGUUGCCGCUGCACCUGGGCUUUUGAAUGCAAACCAGAACCUCAAGUUUGCAAUGUACACUCCGGCCGCGUACACACCUCUUGAAUCUGGGUGGAGGUGCGUGACAUGUAGUGCUGCCACGCCGAAUAUUUCAUCUCCUUCGUUUAUGGCCCUGGGAAUGACAAUGAUCGUUAUGUUGAUCUCUGGCAUUGGUCUACUGAGAGGGUUAAUCAGGAACUGGUAA